GUAAUUGGUGUGUUUUAGUCACGUGGGACGAUCGCAGGACCUGCCGACAGCGCCAAGCGUAUUUGGCGGGACCGCGCUUAGACGGCGUCGUCCGUGCUUCUGGCAAGUUUCUCCAUAGUGAAUCGCAAAGCCUCUUGUCGGAUAAUGGCUGGUGGGAAGGCGGGUAAGGAUUCGGGUAAAGCAAAGGCGAAGGCGGUCUCUCGUUCGGCGAGGGCUGGCUUGCAGUUUCCGGUUGGAAGAAUUCACAGGCAUUUGAAAAACAGAACCACAAGUCAUGGUCGAGUCGGUGCAACAGCAGCGGUAUACAGUGCAGCUAUCUUGGAAUACCUCACUGCUGAGGUUCUUGAAUUGGCAGGAAAUGCAUCAAAAGAUUUGAAGGUCAAACGUAUCACGCCAAGACAUCUUCAACUUGCUAUUCGUGGUGACGAAGAAUUAGAUAGUCUCAUUAAAGCAACUAUUGCAGGAGGAGGUGUUAUUCCACAUAUCCAUAAAUCGUUGAUUGGAAAGAAGGGUUCGCAGAAGCCAGCAUAAUUUAGUGAUUCAGUUAAGAAGAACAUGUGAAGCUAUCUAAACAAAACAGAUGAAAAUCAACAGAGUGGUUGUUGACAAUGUGUACCUAUGUUACUAAAUUGACGAUGAGAGACUGGCGUGAUAUAUAUAAAAAUAUAUAUAGAUAUAUAAAUAAAAUAAAUAUUGAUAUAAUUUAAUAUAGGUAAUGAGAGUUUAAAAAAAGACAAAUUUUCAUCACGUAAUUGGCAUUCAGAGUCGAAAAAGUUAAUCAUAUAGUCUGAAAAUUUUAGUGUAUGUUACACUGCAAUUACUUGACAAGCGAUGCGUUGUAGCAUGGUUUGCUCAAAACUGCAGAAGUCUUUGAUACUGUAUGCAGAUAUUAAAAGUUUUUAAAGUUAGAGUAUUUAAGGACUUGGAUGAAUCGUAAAGUUUAUUGCUUUGAGAGAAUUUUUCAUUUGAUUUCUCACUUUGUGCAUGGUGUACAUCUCUCUUUUAAAGUUUGCUAUUCAUCAGAAGCGUAACAAUCGUUCGAAGGAAAAUGUAAUAUAUAUCAGUCGUUACUAGUACAUGUUUCAUAAAUUUAUCUAUUUUCAAUUUCUGAAAUUUUUCAAUCUUUAUCCACGUUUAACUACUUAAUAUCUUCCAAUUAUAGUUACAAGCAAAAAAAUAGUUACGUACUCACUCCUGUUGUUAAAUACUCUUAACUAUCUUGUAGCAGUAAACAGUGUGCAUAAACAUUUUUACACUUAAUUUUUAAUUUUGGACACACUCUGUAUUCGAAAAUUUUUGUUGCUAAAUAUCUUUGUUUUAAUUUUGAAAGUUUUCAGUCUCUAUAAUAUAGAUAUGUAAGAUUACAUGACAAAAUUAUUCUAUAAACAUUUCCUUUUUGCUAAUUUUAUGAAAUUACUACUGUCACGUACGAGUCAUAGUUAAUGAAAUCUUAGCGCAAUAAGUUGUGACUUGCGGCAAUUUAUGCCCACGAUUAUGAGACUGGAAUCUUUGAAACCGAAAAAGGCUUUUACUCAUGUAAAAGUAAAAGGAAAAGUAUUUCGGCAUUGCAGAGCCUUUGAUGUAAUAUAUAAUCUUUAUUCCAGUAGUGUUCAAUUAAUGUAAAAUCCAUAGUAGAAAUAUUGAAUGAAUUUGAAGCAGCAGUAUACGGUUUUUUUUUUUUUUGUUUUUAGUUGAUAACAAUUAUCGAUUUCGUUUUUGGUUCUGUUUACAUUACUUUUCAUUUUAUUCGUAAAACUACUGUUGUGUCAUUUAGUGUAAUUUUCGCUGUAUCUGCGGUGUUACUCCGUAUAUUAAAUAUCAGCCAUAUGUAAAAUCUUCAUUUUCAUAAUAAAGAGCAAUUUUACUAUUAA